AUGGCCUCGGCCGGUCGCUCUCCUUCCGCACGUCGUUUCCUCAAACCACUCCUUUAUUCUGGUGCUGCGAUCGCCGGGGUUGGAGGCACCAUAUUGUACCUCUCCUACCGUCCCAUCAAUGUUCCUGGCUCUCAAGGCGCCAUCGUCCCCAUCCCGCGAACAGAGGACGGCACGAUCAUCCCUCCCAAGUUCCCCUUGAUCAAGCCCCGUGCGGAACAGAUCGCCGACCUCAGGAAGAGUGGUGGACUGGUGGGCGCCGCAGCGGAAACGCCCAUCCGGCAACAGUUGAAGAAUAGUUUGGACCGAUUAAGAGGCGCAACAAGUGGCGACAGCGACACAAGCUUGCCAGCGGAACAAGAAGCUGGGGAGCCAUACGAUCUCUUGGUCAUUGGGGGAGGGGCAACAGGUUCGGGCAUCGCGCUGGAUGCUGCUACUCGUGGUCUCAAGGUUGCCUUGGUCGAGCGCGAUGACUUUGCGGCGGGGACAAGUAGUAAGAGCACGAAACUUGUGCACGGUGGUGUACGAUACCUUGAAAAGGCGUUCUGGGAGCUGGACUACAAUCAAUAUGCUCUGGUCAAGGAGGCUCUGCGUGAGAGGAAAUAUUUCCUCGACACAGCCCCUCAUCUAUCCAUGUGGCUCCCUAUUAUGAUACCUUUGCAGAAAUGGUGGCAAGCACCGUAUUUCUGGGCAGGUACAAAGCUUUACGACUAUCUGGCAGGUAGCGAAGGCAUUGAAACCAGCUACUUCUUGACCAAGAGCAAGGCCCUGGACGCAUUUCCGAUGUUGAGAAAAGAGAAUUUGGUGGGAGCGCUAGUGUACUAUGAUGGCGCGCACAACGACAGUCGCAUGAACAUUUCCAUUGCGGCAACGGCUGCGCUGUACGGUGCGACUGUGGUCAACCAUAUGGAAGUCACCAGCUUGACCAAGGACCAGAAUGGCAAACUGAAUGGUGCUGUUGUUCGAGAUGUGAUUGCCGAGAAGAAUGGCAAGCCGGCGACGCCUUUUACGAUACGCGCCAAAGGCAUCAUCAAUGCGACAGGGCCUUUCUGCGACUCGAUACGAAAGAUGGACGACCAGAAUGUCCAAGAAAUUGUCGCUCCUAGUUCUGGUGUCCACGUGGUGCUCCCGGGAUAUUACAGCCCGCAGAGGAACUCGAUGGGUCUGAUCGAUCCUGCAACGUCCGAUGGCCGUGUCAUCUUCUUCCUCCCCUGGCAAGGGAACACGAUCGCCGGCACGACCGACGCCCCCUGUAAGAUCACCCAGCAUCCGAUCGCUGGGGAGGAGGAAAUCGGCUGGAUUUUGAACGAGAUCAAGGGAUAUCUGUCCCCGGAGAUCAACGUCCGACGUGGUGAUGUGCUUGCCGCCUGGUCGGGGAUUCGCCCGCUCGUCAAAGAUCCCAAAGCCAAGAAUACCGAGUCAUUGGUGCGAAAUCAUCUAGUGACAGUCUCGACCUCAGGACUGCUCACCUGUGCUGGUGGUAAAUGGACAACAUAUCGUCAAAUGGCAGAGGAUGCGGUCGAUGAAGCUAUCGACCAAUUCGGGCUACAGACAAGGCCACUAACAACUCCGACGAGAAUUAGUGGGACUGAGAAGAUGGACGACGCUGCUCCGCUCGAUGGGACUUGCCAAACACACCAAGUCAGGCUUGUUGGUGCCCAUGGAUUUUCUAAGACUCUGUUCAUCAAUUUGAUUCAACAUUUCGGUCUCGAGACCGAAGUGGCAAAGCAUCUUGCGGAGGCAUAUGGUGAUCGUGCAUGGACCGUGGCAGCACUUUCAAGCCCGACCAACGAGAGGUUCCCAGUGCGAGGAAAGCGUAUUUCAGCGCUGUACCCAUUUAUAGACGGAGAAGUACGGUACGCGGUCAGACACGAAUUCGCGCAGCGAGCCGUAGAUGUGAUUGCACGAAGGACAAGAUUAGCAUUCCUGAACGCCCAGGCGGCAUUGGAAGCCUUGCCUAAUGUUAUCGAUCUGAUGGCCGAAGAGCUAAAGUGGGACAGCAAGAGGAAAGACAUCGAGUGGAAGGAGAGCGUGGCUUUUCUGGCCUCGAUGGGCCUCCCACGAAGCAAGUUGAAUGUCUCGAGAAAGGAUGUUGAGAGUGGAAAAGCCGGGUUUGCCGACGAAUACGAGAGGAAGCUUUAUUCAAGAUAUGGUAAGCCAAGGGCUGUUGGGCUCAACAAGCUGUAA